CGCGGCCGCGCGGCGACGGAAGCAGAGAAUGGGUUCCGCUCGCCGGAAUUGUCUUAGUUAAGGCAAAGACGGCACGCUAUCAUGCGUCUCUCUCGGAACCGGCAUGAAAUGCCUCCCCUCGUCCAAGCUCCCGCUGGCGCACGGAAACGUCCUUCACGACUGGCACGCUGAGAUACUCGCCCUCCGUACCUUCAACCGCUUCCUACUGAACCAAUGCCUUUUCAUCUCAACCCCUCCAUAUCCGCCUUCGCCGUACGUACGGAUCCGAUCACAUGAGGAGCGCACAGAAUCCGAGUACCAGCCCUUCACUAUCAGAGAAGAUGUCCAAAUCCACAUGUACUGCUCCGAAGCACCUUGCGGAGACGCAAGCAUGGAACUAGUCAUGGACGCCCAGGACGACGCAACGCCGUGGACCAGCGCUCCGCCUGCAAUAUCCUGUACUGCUCUAGCGGACGAUCUAGCGGGCCUUGCAUCUUCGGCUCUUCGUGGUCGGUCCCAUUUUGGCUUGCUGGGUGCCGUCCGCUGUAAGCCUUCCCGCCCGGACGCGCCACCCACCCUUUCUAAGUCCUGCACCGACAAACUCGCCCUAACGCAAUCUACCUCCAUCCUCUCCUCCUUAACUACGCUGCUCGUCUCUCCUUCUCAUGCCUACCUACACUCCCUCACUCUCCCCAGCACCCAGUUCGUUACCUCAGCUUGCACUCGCGCCUUUUCUCGGUCCGGCCGCAUGAGCGGUGUAUCCCCAGUGCUGGAAAGUAAGUGGAAAGGUGGCUAUGCAUGGCAUGGAUUCGAGGUUAGAGGCACGCAGAGUGAAUUCAAGUGGAGUAGAAGGGGCGUGGCGAAGGGGGAGAAGGCGGUGCCGAGUAACCUUAGUGCUGUGUGGACUCCCGGGUGGCAGGAGACGUUGAUUGGGGGUGUGCUGCAGGGGAGGAAGCAGUUUGAUCAGAGAGGAGCGAGUGCUAUUUGUCGGAGGUCCGUGUGGAGGGCUGUUGCUCAAGUUGCAGCGGCGGUGGGCGUACCGGCUCUCAUGGAGGUUCUUACUAAGGGGAGUUAUGCGGAAGUGAAGAAGAGCGAGAUGCUGGCAGCUAGGAGGCAAGUCAAGGAAGACGCCAGAAAAGAGGGGUUGAAAGGUUGGGUCAAGAACGUCGGAGACGAUGAGUUCGCUCUUGAAUCCGAAUGAGCCCUCUAGGGGCGGGUAUCUAAAUGGAAUAGAGUCACAGACAUCAGACAUCCCUCAUCCCCUUCUCCCCUUCCGCAAACGCGCCCCAUGCCCCGACUCUCCCACUCCAUCGAU